GCCAUGAAAGUCAAGAAGACGCAUUGUUGUUUAUCUUUGUUACGCCACUAGGGUAAUGGUUUUUUGAGAAAUUCUUCCAUGGUUUUACUAAACUAAAUACUGAAACAAAAUGAGUUGGUUAGGAAGUUUGAUGGUGCAAACUUUGCGCUCCGUUUGGCAGCCAAACGUAAUGACGGUUCGAUUCCGUUACCAUGCUGAUAAAAUCGCUCGUGGGCCACUUAUACGUCGGUAUGGUUACAAGGAAAAAAUCCUGCAGCGAGGUCUGUUGCCACAUUACGAUAAUGGGCAGAAAUUACCAAUGCCGGAUUAUAGACCGAAAAAUGCUUGGUGUGAGAAACGAGCUCUGUUCGGACAGAAUGAUUAUAUUGAUAUCCUAGGAAAUGACCGUCUGCAUCCUACAAGAGUGCUUUACUCGGUACCAUCUUGGUUGAGAGGUGUUUCUGGAAAUGAGUACCAGGUGCUUUUACGGAAGCGAAAAAUGCUUAGCCAAACGAUUUAUCCGAUUGCGCGACCAACCAAGUGGAGAGAUAUGGAAAAAAGAAUUUCGUACCUCUACCGGUUCUUAAACCGUAAAACGAAGACGGGACCAUCCAAUAUUUAAGGUGGCUUGAGCUUAUAGUUUUUUUUCCUUAUCAAUGCAAUAAAUUACCACCUCAGUUUAAAAAAGAUAACUGAAGAAAAUUUUA